UGAUGUCUAGCUGGUUGAAGGACGGGGAGGUGUUGAUGGGUGAGGGAAGUGGCACCCCAUGCAGCCCCAGACAGAGGGUCUUCUCAACCCCAGGUGGAUAUGGCAGUCCCAGGCCGGGUGGCAGGGGGGUAGGGGUGUCUGGCAGGGGGGUAGGGGUGUCUGGGAUGGUGCAGCCGGAGACCAUGGGGAAGGCCAAAGAGCUGUUUGUUCUCUGUGAUAAAGAAGGAAAAGGUUUCAUCACCAAGAGAGAUAUGCAGGUUAGUGAGAUUCAGAAAGCUUUAUUGUCCUAAAUUCCCAAUGAGGUGAUACACUGAACUGUAUGUAAAAAGUUAACAUAUUUAUAAAAGCUUUUCUCUCUCUCUCUUCCUCUCCUCCCCCUCCUCUCUCUCUUGUCUUCUCUCUCUUCCUCCCCCUCCUCCCCCUCCUCUCCUCCUUUCUCUCCCUCCUCCUCUCCCUCUCCCUCUCUCCCCUCCCCCUCCUCUCUCCCUCCUCCCCCUCCUCCCCCUCCUUUCUCUCCCUCCUCCUCUCCUCCUCCUCUCCCUCUCCCUCUCUCCUCCUCCUCCCCUCCUCUCCUCCUCCUCUCCCUCCUCCCCUCUUCUCCUCUCUCAGAGACUGCAGGGUGAGUUACCUCUGUCCCCAGAACAGCUGGAGUCAGUUUUUGAGAGUCUGGACAGAGACAGAAACGGCUUCCUAACUCCUGUCGAGUUUAACAUGGGCCUUGGUGUGUACCGCUCACUCAUUUCAUGACAUGCUGGACAUUUGUUUGAACAAAAUGUUAAUGAAUUCAUCUCUUGAUAAGUUACUUAAGGUCCAAGGUUGGAGAUCACUGACGUGUAUCUUUAUUAACUUUGUAAUGACAUUUCCCUGUCUCUCUGUCUGACUGUGUGAUAGAUUACUGCAUUCUAAAUAGUAUGUAGUAGGAUUAGUACACAGUAUGUAGUAGGAUUAGUACACAGUAUGUAGUUUUAGUAUGUAGUAGCCAAGACAUUUGACCAAUGACUUAUAUUGACACAUUUCUCUGUCUCUCUGUCCGACUGUGUGAUAGCAGGGGAGUUGAUGGGGGUGGAGGAGAACACAGAGAAGAGGCAGAUGGAGACGGAGGAGAAGGUGGAUCCAGGAGAACUCAGAUUCACUCAGAUACUGACGGAGCUGGGAGCUGACAAACUCUUCAAAGAGUGAGUGGCUACACCACUCUGGAAAACAUGAUGGAACGCGUUUCUAGAGAGAGUUCGGCCAACGUUUAUAUUCAUAAUAACAAGUAUUUGUAUUCUAGCUUCCUGUAACAGAGUUGUGUUGUGCUGUGUGUGUGUGUGUCUCAGUCAGACAUAACUGUGUGUGUGUGUGUGUGUGUGUGUAACCUGUUGUAUCAUGUGUCUUUAUGUCAGUCAGUGGGAGCUGGGUACCCUGUGGUGUGACCUCCAGAGAGACAGACCAGAGCUGCUCUCUAUCCUGGAGGAGGUCCUUGUCCACGCUGUGUCUCAUCUCCAAGACUCACUGAGGGAGAGAGAGAGUCUGGAACAGGCCCUACGCAGGUCUCAAUUCUCUCCCCGUAUCGACGUUUACUGUCCGUUCAUUCAUAUGACUGGUGGAGCAGAAAAACAUCAACUUACUUAUUAACAUACUUACCUACUUAAUCUAAUGUGUUGUUGUGUUGCAGAUAUGACAGGGUUAGGGUUACUAUCUAAUGUGUUGUUGUGUUUCAGACGGGAGAGUGACCAUGACAGGGUUAGGGUUACUAUCUAAUAUGUUGUUGUGUUUCAGAUGGGAGAGUGACCAUGACAGGGUUAGGUUUACUAUCUAAUUUGUUGUAGUGUUUCAGAUAGGAGAGUGACCAUGACAGGGUUAGGGUUACUAUCUAAUGUGUUGUUGUGUUUCAGAUGGGAGAGUGACCAUGACAGGGUUAGGGUUACUAUCUAAUGUGUUGUUGUGUUUCAGAUGGGAGAGUGACCAUGACAGGGUUAGGGUUACUAUCUAAUGUGUUGUUGUGUUUCAGAUGGGAGAGUGACCAUGACAGGGUUAGGGUUACUAUCUAAUGUGUUGUUGUGUUUCAGAUGGGAGAGUGACCAUGACAGGGUUAGGGUUACUAUCUAAUGUGUUGUUGUGUUUCAGAUAGGAGAGUGACCAUGACAGGGUUAGGGUUACUAUCUAAUGUAUUGUUGUUUCAGAUGGGAGAGUGACCAUGACAGGGUUAGGGUUACUAUCUUAUGUGUUGUUGUGUUUCAGAUGGGAGAGUGACCAUGACAGGGUUAGGGUUACUAUCUAAUGUGUUGUUGUUUCAGAUGGGAGAGUGACCAUGACAGGGUUAGGGUUACUAUCUAAUGUGUUGUUGUUUCAGAUGGGAGAGUGACCAUGACAGGGUUAGGGUUACUAUCUAAUGUGUUGUUGUGUUUCAGAUGGGAGAGUGACCAUGACAGGGUUAGGGUUACUAUCUAAGGUGUUGUUGUUGUUUCAGAUGAGAGAGUGACCAUGACAGGGUUAGGGUUACUAUCUUAUGUGUUGUUGUGUUUCAGAUGGGAGAGUGACCAUGACAGGGUUAGGGUUACUAUCUAAUGUGUUGUUGUUUCAGAUGGGAGAGUGACCAUGACAGGGUUAGGGUUACUAUCUUAUGUGUUGUUGUGUUUCAGAUGGGAGAGUGACCAUGACAGGGUUAGGGUUACUAUCUAAUGUGUUGUUGUUUCAGAUGGGAGAGUGACCAUGACAGGGUUAGGGUUACUAUCUAAUGUGUUGUUGUUUCAGAUGGGAGAGUGACCAUGACAGGGUUAGGGUUACUAUCUAAUGUGUUGUUGUGUUUCAGAUGGGAGAGUGACCAUGACAGGGUUAGGGUUACUAUCUAAUGUGUUGUUGUUUCAGAUGGGAGAGUGACCAUGACAGGGUUAGGGUUACUAUCUAAUGUGUUGUUGUGUUUCAGAUGGGAGAGUGACCAUGACAGGGUUAGGGUUACUAUCUAAUGUGUUGUUGUUUCAGACGAGAGAGUGACCAUGACAGGGUUAGGGUUACUAUCUAAUGUGUUGUUGUUUCAGAUGAGAGAGUGACCAUGACAGGGUUAGGGUUACUAUCUAAUGUGUUGUUGUGUUUCAGAUGGGAGAGUGACCAUGACAGGGUUAGGGUUACUAUCUAAUGUGUUGUUGUUUCAGAUGGGAGAGUGACCAUGACAGGGUUAGGGUUACUAUCUAAUGUGUUGUUGUUUCAGACGGGAGAGUGACCAUGACAGGGUGGUUCGGUCCAUAUAUGAGGAGAUGGAGAGUCAGAUCAGAGAGGAGAGAGAGAAACGACUGGCUCAGGUAGCUAUCUGUUCUGAAAAUAAAGUAUGAAAAUGUAUUCAGUCACUACUUUAAGUCGCUCUGGAUCAGAGCGUCUGCUAAAUGACUAAAAUGUGAAUGGUCUGCUGGGCUAUGGACAGGGUGGUUGUUUAGCAACAAAACCGACGUAUGCGCAACUAUGGGGCAACACAGUCGGGGCUGGCUUAGACUGUUGACAACAUGUAAACUGUUGAAAAUAUAAAUACAUUUGCACAAUGAGCACUUGUUGUCUCUCAUACAUCAUUACAGUUGUUGGUUAGCUAGCGAAUUGUAGCUAUAUUAGUCAACCUGGUCUCAGAGCAUUUCAUAUUAUUCUGUGUGUAAAUCCGAGACUCCAUUUACUAUGAUAUGUAUGUUACGCUUCGUAUGGUAUGUUUUAAUUUGUGGGUGUCCAUCAGCCAAUUCGUACAAUAUGUUACGAAUUUGCUAAACUUAUGAUAUCUUACGAAUUCCAAUUUGUUGUGGCUAACGUUAGCUAGCUGGCUAAUGUUAGCUAGAUGGCUAAUGUUAGCUAGAUGGCUAAUGUUAGGCUAGGGGUUAGGGGUUAAAGUUAGGGUUAAGGUUAGGGGAAGGGUUGGCAAAGUUGCUAAUUAGCUAAAAUAGUCUGCGAUGAGAUUCGAAACACGCAACCUUUGGGUUGCUUGACGUUCACGUUAUACGCCCACACGUCCACCCCGACCAACCCCCCUCCUUUCGUUUUUGCCUUAAGUAACCUUCUGUCUUAUGUAUCCAUACCAAACGUAACAUAUCAUACUAAUUUGAGUGUCAUGGCUUUACAUCUACUAUGUUACAUCUAGUCUAUGAGACCGGGCUGUAUUAUCAUAGACAUGACAUCAGUCAAAACACUUCAAAACAAGACAAGCUAUCAAUAAGAAGAUAUAUAACGAACUGAAACCAGACACCUGAUUCCCAACAUGGCAGCUUCUUGUCAUUGUUGCUUGCUAAUUUUUCGAUGAAAGUUGGUACCGACAUGUAACCUAUUGUAGAAUAUACAUAUCCCACAAUGCAUCAUCCAAAUAUAACGAUUGCCUAUACCUACGCAUAGUGGCUCAAAUAAUUUGUUCUAUUUUUUAAAUACUAAAACGGCUUAUAUAAAAAAAUUAUAGGCCAUCAUCACUGUUAAUCGUGAAUGACAGUUCUUCACGUUUUACGGGUGAAACGUCCAUGCUGCAUCAGCAUGCCAACCAUUUGAUCCCAAUCAGUCACAUGGGAAUAUGCAUUUCAAUCUUAUUGAAAGAUGUAGGCUAAGUAACUAAGGUUUAAGCGAAGUAUUAGAACAGAGAUAAGAAGCUACACUUCCAUUUUGUUUCAAUCAAAGCAUUACAUUUACAUUUUUAGUCAUUUAGCAGACGCUCUUAUCCAGAGCGACUUACAGGAGCAAUUAGGGUUAAGUGACUUGCUCAAGGGCACAUCGACAGAUUUUUCACCUAGUCGGCUCGGGGAUUAGAACCAGCGACCUUUCGGUUACUGGCACAACGCUCUUACCCACUAAGCUACCUGCCGCCCUAACUAAGCCUAGUGAGCUGUUGAGGUCUGGCCACAUGAACAUAGUUUUUUUUUUUUCAACAUCAUAAUAAAAUGUCCUAAGUAGCCUGUUGGUUCAACACUAGAGCCUAACGUUACUAUGCAAUCAUAUUCAGUUCGUUAUGUGGAAUACUAAUGAAUCAUUAAAGCGAUCUUACGAGACCAUAUUGAUUCAAC